AUGUCUGCGUACCAGUCUCCUCCGAGUCGAAAUUCGUCCUCAGGACAUCGAAUAUUUUACUCACUUCCAGAUAAACCAGAAUUGAAUGAUUCAAAUGCAUUGACAUAUCGGCCUAGUUUUACUUUGGGCACACCAUCAGAGACGUCGGCGCAUGGCCAAAAAGAAUCUAAUCACCCAUUUAAUUUAUUUAUUGUGUAUUGUGAUUACACGGCAUCUGGAAGAUCCCUUUCCUUCAUCGAGGAUUUUAUCUACAACGAAGUACUUCCAGAAUAUGGCAACACACACACUACGACAAGUGUUACAGCAUUACAAACAACGCUCUUUAGACACGAAGCUAAAGAUAUUAUCAGAAAUGCUGUUCGCGCUAACGAUCACGACGCUGUUAUCUUCGUCGGCAGUGGUUCCACUGGAGCCAUACAUAAGCUUGUUCACAACCUUAAUCUGGAAACCCCACCAGCCACAUCUAAAGAAGCCGAACUGGAAGGUAGGCCCCUCGUUGUUUGCAUGGCUGCUGCAUCAAACAUAACAGGCAUUAUGGUUGAUGUAAAUGAGAUUUCUAUUCUCGUUCAUCGUUAUGGUGGUCUUAUCUUCUGGGACUAUGCAACGGCAGCUCCAUAUGUAGAUAUAGACAUGAAUCCUGUUGUUGUGGGGUUAGUUAACAUUGUUUUCAUUUUUGCUUUUAUGCCAAAUGCCACUUUGCUAGACAUUAUCUUAAGAUUUAUCUCUAAUUGCUCUUAUAUCAUGAAAUUAUAA